UACAUAUGUAUAUAACUUGGUUGUAUUGUAUCGCACAUACAUACUGCUUUUAUUCCACGUGGUUUUGCUGUCUCUAUCGAGUUAGGUUAUUUACAUCCAGAAUAUACAAGUCUUUAUUUAUUACACGCGUUUGCUUUUAUGUUAAUUAUUACAUAAAUAGCAAUGCCACAAAUGAAACAAAGUGAUUUGAAUGCUUGGAAACCUCUAACAUUAGAGGGUUCUGUAUUUUCUGGCGGUAUUGAUGGUUUAAUUGGUGUAGAAGAAUUAACUGAUUAUAAAUUAGAAAAGAAAAAUAAUAAGACGAAAAUUGUAAUUUGUGAUGUAGGAAGUGAAACUAGUAAAGAUAAGGUAUCUUUAAAACGUAAAAGUUUAAAUGAAUGGCAAGAAGAUACCAUAGAUGAUAAUGAGCCAGAACUUAGGAAAACAAAGCCGAGAAACCAUAAAGACGGUAUCAUUAAGAAAAAGAAAAAGAAAACAGAAAGAAAUGGAAAUGUUGAUUUAAGUUUGAAAUCUGGUAAAAAAGAUCAAUCUCACAGUCAAAAUGAUGAUAGUGAAAGUGAGAUGGAUCAUAAAGAUAACACCAUUAAGAAAAAGAAAAAGAAAACAGAAAGAAAUGGAAAUGUUAAUUUAAGUUUGAAAUCUGUUAAAAAAAGUCAAUCUCACAGUCAAAAUGAUGAUAGUGAAAGUGAGGUGGACCAUAAAGACAGCACCAUUAAGAAAAAGAAAAAGAAAAAGAAAACAGAAAGAAAUGAAAAUGUUGAUUUAAGUUUGAAAUCUGAUAAAAAAAGUGAAUUUCAUAAUCAAAAUGAUGAUAGUGAAAGUGAGGUGGACAAUUUUAACAUGCAAGCAUGGAGUGUAUUAGGAGUACCCAAAAUGAUAAUAAAAGCAUUAGAAGAUCAACAAUUUUAUUCACCUACUACCAUUCAGAUGUUAACUUUGCCACCAGCAAUAUUAGGCCGCAGAGACAUACUAGGUGCUGCUGAGACAGGUAGUGGAAAAACAUUAGCUUUUGGGAUUCCUAUAUUAAAUGGCAUUUUGGAGUUAAAAAAUAAAUCAAUCAUUGAACCUAGUAACAAUUCUAUAAGCAAACUUAGUAAUAAGAGUAGAAAUGAAGGUUGGACUUGUACAGAAAGUAAAACUACAGAAAAUGAUAACAGUUCUUCAGAAUCUGAUUAUGAAGAGGAUGAUGAUGUUGAUAAAAAUAAUAUUGGUUGUGUACGAGUAAUCAAUAAUAUAGAAAUUAGUAAACCUCAGAAUUAUGCACAGAAACCUUUAUAUGCAUUAAUUCUAACGCCAACUCGUGAAUUAGCUAUUCAAAUAAAAAAUCAUUUGACUAAAGCAGCUAAAUAUACUGAUAUUAAAAUAGCAGUUGUGUUAGGUGGAAUGGCAGAAGUCAAACAGGAAAGAAUAUUGCGUAAGGGUCCAGAAAUUGUAAUUGCUACACCUGGUCGAUUAUGGGAAUUGAUACAGAUGGGUAAUCCCCACCUGAAUCAAGUGGAGUCCAUUAAGUACUUUGUUAUUGAUGAAACAGAUAGAAUGUUAGAAAGAGGUCACUUCCAAGAACUACAGCAACUACUGGAAAAAAUAAAUAUGAACAAAGAUUCGUUACAAAAGCGACAAACAUUUGUCUUUUCUGCUACAUUAACUAUGGUGCACGACAUUCCAGAGCAUUUACACAAGAAGAAGAAGAAUUAUAGAAAUAGAAUAUUUAAGUUAACAUCUGGUCAGAAAUUACAAAAAUUUAUAGAUUUAAUUGGAAUAAAAAAUCCGAAGAUUGUUGAUAUUACGAAGGAGUCAGGUACCGCUAGUAAUUUGACAGAAUGUAGAAUAGUGUGCACAAUAGAUCAUAAGGAUUAUUAUCUUUAUUACUUCUUAAAAAGAUAUACUGGGAGGACACUAGUGUUUUGCAAUAGUAUUGGUUGUGUAAAACGUUUAGCUACCCUUUUUGGCAUACUGAAUUGUAAACCUAUGCCACUCCAUGCUAACAUGCAACAACGGCAGCGACUGAAAAAUCUUGAGAGAUUUCAGGCAGAUGAGAAUGGUUUAUUAAUAGCUACGGAUGUAGCUGCAAGAGGCUUGGAUAUACCAAAUGUAGAACAUGUAAUACAUUAUCAAGUACCUAGAACGAGUGAGAGCUAUGUACAUAGAAGUGGGAGAACCGCAAGAGCUCAGAAGGAAGGUCUAACAGUUCUUAUGAUGGAACCGUCUGAGAAACAGUACUAUACUAAAUUAUGUAAAACCCUCGAUCGCACGGAGGACUUACCCGUAUUUCCGAUAGUUGACAGACUACUUAUCGCAGUCAAAGAAAGGGUUGAUGUUGCUAGAGAUAUUGAUAAAUUGGAAUUAAAAUGUCGUAGGGAUACUUCGAAGAAGAGCUGGUUAUUGAAAGCGGUGGAGGAGAUGGAUUUGCUUCUAGAUGAGGAUGAAGAAGAAUUACAAUCGGAAACAAAAGAAUUGGCAGAUAUGAAGCGUCAGUUAAAAAUGAAAAGACGUUAUUUAGAUUCUCUUUUAUUGAAACCAUUGUUUCCAAAAGGAUUUUCUGGGAAAUAUCUAGAUAUCAACAUCGAAUCUCCGUUAGCUAACGACAACGAAAAAGCUGUCAAUAUUAUGAAAAAGGUCAUAGAGGAAAUUCCACAGAAACAGAAGGAAAGGAACAAACUAUCUAGUAGAAAGAAGACUAUCUUGAAGAAUAAAAUAUUGAAAAAGAAGAAGAAGAGUUUAAAAGGCAACAAAACGAACAAAACAGAGCAUACCGCUUCAAUUAGGGAAAAUAAACGGAAAUAAAUAUUUCGUACAUUUGUAUGUACCUAGUUUAUUGCUUACAUUCGGUUUCCUACGUAAUUCUUCAUAUUCUGUAUCACAUCAACUGGAACGAGUUUUUAAUAGAGCAAUUCGAAUUUUUCCAUAAACGAGCGCGUCACGAAGGCAGAUAUUGUAGCGACUUUAUUUACUGACCAGAAACGCAUAACGCCGCGUGCGAUUUAAAUUACAAUUUUAACGAUUAA